CAAACCAAACACUUGUUUAGCUCAUAUGGCUCAUGUUCAUUUUCUAGAACUAGUAUAAUUAAUUAUCACAUUUCUUUAAAAAAUACAUAGUUACAAUCGUUUUAUAUAAAACAUUUGAUUCUUGCUCUGUCAGUCUAUACAUCCUAGUGUUUGAUUAAGCUAUUUGAUAGGUAUCCACAUAUCUCGCCACCAUGGUUGACUACAGCAAAUGGAAAGACAUAGAGAUAUCAGAUGAUGAAGAUGAAACCCACCCUAACAUUGACACGCCGUCACUGUUUCGAUGGAGACAUCAGGCUCGUAUAGAGCGAAUGGAGGAGGCACAGAAAGAGAAGGAAGAAUUUGAAGCUCGGAAGAAAGACUUUGCAAAGAAAGUUGAGGAAGUCAAACAAAAAUUGACCCAAUCGUCCAACGCUGCCACUACAGUGAAGGAAGUUAAAUCUGCUCUAGACAAUCUAGAAAUUACAGCUGGGGACUUGAAGAGUCAUACUAAGAGACUUCAUGAAGCAAAAGAACGGUUAGAAGCAGCAGUCAAAGCUGAAUCGCCUGAAGUGAAACAGUUGCAAGAAACGUUUGACAAACUGGAACGGGAAAUGGAGGAGUUGAAGAAAGUAGAAGAUCAACUGAAACAGAAGGAAAAGGUUACACCUUGGAAUGUUGAUACAAUCAGCAAACCUGGCUUUACCAAGACUGUUGUCAACAACCCUCCACCAAAGGUCAAAGAGAAUUUGACAGAAGAGGAAAAGGAGCAGAGAAUGAGGAAGUUUAUCAAAGAAAAUGAGAAACUUUUGAAACAGUAUGGGAUGUUGCGAAAGUACGAUGACAGCCGACGCUUCCUACAGGAAAAUCCACAGUUGAUGUGUGAAGACACAGCAAACUAUCUGGUCAUCUGGUGUAUAAAUCUGGAGAUGGAAGAGAAACACGAGCUGAUGUGUCAUGUUGCCCACCAGUGUAUAUGCAUGCAGUAUAUAUUGGAACUCUCCAAUCAAAUGGACAUUGACCCUAGAGCAUGUGUCGGCUCUUUUUUCACAAAGAUCCAAGUCGCUGACCCUGAGUACAAAAAGGCGUUUGAGGAUGAGCUGUCUGGGUUCAAGGACAGAGUGAUGAGGAGAGCCAAGGAGAAGAUGGACGCUCUGUUGAAGGAGGUGGAAGAGGAGGAGAGACAACAGAGGCUGGGACCUGGAGGACUGGACCCUCUGGAAGUUCUGGAGACACUACCUGCGGAGUUGAGAGAGUGUUUUGAGAAGCAAGACAUUCCAUUGCUUCAAGCUACCAUUGCUAAGAUGGAUGAGAAGGACGCGAUAUACCAUAUGAAACGUGCUGUUGACUCCGGUCUUUGGGUUCCGGAAAAGAAAUUACCGGAAGCGGAGGAAGAAGGAGGUUCUCAGGAAACAGAGGAGGCAUAACUUUUAUAGACUUAAUUUUUUUCCUUUUUAACGUGUAUAUUUUGUAUUACUUUAGUGCAACUCAAAAUAACUGCCAGUGUAAUUAUUUUUACUAUUUGAAAUUUUUUUGACUAUUAUUUACUGUACAAAAUAAUUAUUGCCUUAUUGUAAUCAUUGAUUUUUGUUUACUGUUGUUACAAAUUAGUUUAUGUAUUGAAAUGUAAAUGCAUGUUUCAUUAUACUUUGACAUUUGUUAUACUUUAUUGUUGAAGACUUCUAAUCUUUAUACUAAUACAAAAAGGGUUCUCUUUAUAACAUCCCAUUAUCAGCCGGUCCGAAACUUGGAAGCUUUUAAUUCAGCUGGGGGAUAAUGAAAAUGGAUUUUAAAUUGGCUACUUGAUAAUUUGUAACCUAUUUGAGAUAGGUAAAUUACUCUUUAUGAGGUGAAUCUAAAAUUAUAUAUACUGUAAAUUGAGAGUGUCAUUCACCAAAUAACAGUUUUAACACAUUCGUGGUGGCAGAGGUUUCCGCGUAUCUCACGGCUAUGCUGAAACUGAAACAUCACAUCUUCCCCUACUAAUGUCAGUUUCAUCGUCAAAGGCCAAUCACUUUCCCCGUCACUAAAAAUACAAAGUCCCGAUCAUUUGGGUCCCAUAUUUUGGAAGAAAAAAUAACACCAAAACAGUGAUCAAAACAGUUGUGCAAGUGCUCAACCUUGACACUGACUAGUGACUUAGUUACUGAGAGCACUACGGCUACUGUCGAAGCAGCACUGUCCAGUGCAAACCCACGUUGUCACAAAAUACAGUGUACUAUUGAGCAGUGCUGUGGGAAUUUUCAGAUUUCUAGCUCUAAUCCUGGCUAAAUUAAUCAUUGUGUGUCACAUUGCAGCAUGGUAGCGAGGUACCCACCAAGAUGCCAUUAGGGUUCUGUGUGGGAGCGAUUGCUCCCAUGCCGCCACGAACGUGUUAAACAAACAAAAUCUUAUUUAAGGGCUUUGUCAAAUCUUGUUUAAGGGGAAUAUAUACACUAGUGAAUGUUUCUUUAUCAAUGUAUUACUAUUUAUUACAGCAAUAAAUAUUUGUAA